CUCUCACACCCUGAGGUCUUCUAAUUUUCCAAGCUGCAGCAGGGAAUCACUAAACGAAUGUUUUACCUAAGUUUUACUUACACUAUAACCUAAAUUACCUCGACUUUGAUUUUGAAUGUCUUCACCUCCGUGAUGGAGGUAAUGUCUAUUUAAUAGCUGUCCACGUCCUUGCGACUACCCGGGGCACCUGUCAGGAAACAGGAGGGGUUUUCUGGUGUCAUCAGGCCCGUCCCUUGCUGGUUCCAAGAAUAUUUUUCUAGCCGUGCACCGCCUGGAAUGCAGUUUGAUCCCGUGUCGGAACGGGACGAGCCGGGGGAGGCGGUCGGGCCCGCUGGCUCCGUGGCGCAGGGCGCCUUUAAUUGGAGCUCGGCCCCUGCGUGCGCGGCGGGCGGGCGGAGCCGCGGCCGCACAGCCGGGCCCGGGCCGGGCAUGGCGGAGAGGCGGCAGCGGGCCCGGGUGCAGGGCGGCUGGGCCGGCGCCCCGGCGGGGCGGCCCGCAGCACCUAAGGCACCUGUGGCCAGCAGCCUUGCCCUUGCAGGUGCGAGACCAGCAUGGAGACAGAAAGAUCAGCCUCAUGCUCAAAAGCAGUUUGUCUUUGAAAAGCCAUCACAGGUGGAGCGCAGAGUUCCUGAGGCAGGUGUGAUAGACAAGCCAGGUGUGUAUGAGCUCAGCAAGGGACCAACUGGCAUUUCUAGGAUUCAUUUGAUUCCUGGCUUUAUUGACUCAGAACAAGCAGACUGGAUGUUUGAGCAACUCCUCCAAGACAUACCCUGGGGUCGGCGAACCCACAUCAGACAUGAAGUAUCAUUUGAGGAACCACGGCUUACAUCCUGGUAUGGGGAACUUCCUUACACAUACUCCAGGAUAACAAUGCAGCCAAAUCCAAAUUGGCAUCCUCUGCUGAGCAUGCUGAAGGAGCGCAUUGAGGAGUUCACUGGCUACACCUUCAACUCUCUUCUCUGCAACCUCUACCGACACGAGAAGGACAGCGUGGACUGGCACAGUGACGACGAGCCAUCGCUGGGGAAAAAUCCUGUCAUUGCCUCGCUCAGCUUUGGUGCUACUCGGACCUUCGAGAUGAGGAAGAAACCUUCCCCUGAAGAGCAUGGAGACUAUACUUACGUAGAAAGGAUUAGAAUCCCACUUGAUCACGGGAGUCUGUUGGUGAUGGAGGGAGCCACGCAGGAGGAUUGGCAGCAUCGAGUGCCUAAGGAGUAUCAUUCUAGAGAUGAACGAAUAAACUUGACAUUUAGGAUCAUUUAUCCAGAACCUGAUGGAGUUUGGAAGUGAAGAGCCACUUUGGACAUUGUUGGAUGUACACCCACAGCAGAUCUAGAUCCUUAGAUUGCUACAGAUUUAAAGGAAACCUUACAGAAACAGAGUUCCUUGAAGUCAUGGGGAAAAGAGUUGAUAUUAUGAAGAUGUUUGGCAAUCAGAAGCUGCCUGUGUUAUGUGGACAGAAAUUAUAUGUUAUUAGGUUAUACUGAAUCACAGGGUUUAAGUUGUGAGCAGUGGUUAUUCUUAAAAGAGCACAAAGCAUGUGAAAGAUGUGAGAGGUCCCAAGUGGAGCAGACAGAUUCAGUGAGCACAUAGUUUGCACCUUGUCUUGUCUCUCCUUUACUCCCAAGUUGUGAUCUCUGUUGGAAGUAAUGACAAGAUGGGAUUCUGUGAUGUAAAGCCACCUCUGUGUGUCUGUACAGAAAUGAGAAAGCUGUACUUGGGUGUGAUCUCUGGGUAUUACUCAUUUCACCAAAGGGUGGUGCCCUGCUUUUUAUCUCUAGGUUGCAGAGUCCUUUCCAGUUAAGCAGUCAGUUUAAUAACUUAAAUAACUGCUUGAAUUAUACUGGUGUCUAGUGGAACAGAGGGUCAAGGCUCUCUUCUGCCAUGCAUUCUGUGGUCAGACUUUAUCCUAAUUGUUUAUCCUUGUAGACAGGACAAGGCAAAGGCAAGCAGCAGAGACAUGUGAUGACCCUGCUUCUGGGUCAGUGCAUGUUGCAUUAAAAAAUACCACUCUUGAGCCUCUCCUGUCUCUCUUGAGCCUCUGCUGCCACAGAUCAGCAGUCAGCACCACAGACCAGAUUCCAGGCUGACUUGCUGGAAUCCUUCAGGCUUGCCUGUUGCGACUCACUUGCUGCUGGGCUCAUGACUGCAGUCUGGAUGUUCAGUCAGGAGUGCUGCCUGUGUGACUAAGUUCUUACUGCAGCUAAAUAUCAUCACUGUACAGGAUCAAAUCAUAGGUUUGGUCCAUCUUCACUGCCUGCCUGCAGUAGGAUCUAAGCACAGGUAAAUACUCUAUGCCUUGUAACAUGUUAGCUUUGUUAAGCAAGCUGAUGUCCAUCUUCUCUGUAAGAAUAAAUUGGUGUUGGGAAA